GUCCUGGCUUAUGUUCUUAAAGUUUUAAACGACAGAUACAAUUAUGGGCUUGAUUUAUUUUUAUUGUCAAUUGACGAGGGAAUAACAGGUUACAGGGAUGAUAGUUUGAAAACAGUCGAGCAGAACAGAGAUGACUAUCAAAUGCCUCUUAAAAUUCUGUCUUACAAGGACCUUUACGGUUGGACAAUGGACAAAAUAGUCGAACAAAUAGGCCGUAAAAAUAAUUGUACCUUUUGCGGGGUAUUUAGACGCCAAGCUUUAGACCGUGGUGCUGCUCUUCUGGAGGUUGAUUGCAUUGCUACUGGACACAAUGCUGAUGAUAUUGCAGAGACUGUUUUGAUGAAUAUUUUACGGGGAGAUAUUGCUAGGCUUGAAAGAUGUACAUCUAUAAUUACGUCUGGUGAAGAUACAAUAAUGCGCUGCAAACCACUGAAGUACACUUACGAAAAGGAAAUAGUAAUGUACGCUUACUACAAACAGCUCGUUUACUUCUCAACCGAGUGUAUAUUCGCUCCGAACGCGUAUCGCGGACACACGAGGACUUUUUUGAAAAAUUUGGAAAAAGUACGGCCAUCCUCAAUCAUUGAUAUUAUCCAUUCGGGCGAAAGGUUGCAGGUCAAAGGGACUGUGAAGAUGCCUGAGCGAAGACACUGCAGUCGUUGCGGAUUCGUGUCCAGUCAGGAAAUUUGCAAAGCUUGCAUUCUGCUGGAAGGGUUGAAUCGCGGAUUACCUAAGCUAGGCAUCGGGAAAUCUCAACGUGCUAUGCAGCUUCUGACUAAGGAUAAAGAAAAAUCUGUUGAAUUUUAG